AGACACCACCUUCAAAGCCACUACUGUCGUCCCACUCUACUUUAGUUUUGUCCAUAUUGCCUUGCUUUGCUCAAAGGUACUGAAUCACCGUGUCCUUCAUGGCCCAGCCAAAAAGUCUAUAGAAGAGCCACUCCUUUGAUCGGUGGCAACUCCAAGCGCUUGGAGAUCAGCCAUCUGGCUUUCACCAUGAAAGUUCCUCCUUUCCCACUUCACCUCCUCCAUCUCCUGCCGGUUGCUGCUGCGCUUGCAUUUGCAGGAUCUGAAGCUGCCAAGGUUCCGGCGAUCUACGUCUUCGGUGACUCGACGGCCGACGUCGGCAACAACAACUACUUGCCGGGGAGCAACGCCAAGGCCAACUUCCCCCACAACGGCGUCGACUUCCCUUUCUCGAGGCCCACAGGGAGGUUCAGCAAUGGCUACAAUGGUAUUGACUUCUUAGCCAACCAUAUGGGCUUCAGGAGGAGCCCUCCACCAUUCCUCUCCCUUACAAAUAAGACCAAUCACCAAAUCUUGAGAGGACUAAAAGGUGUAAAUUUUGCUUCGGGAGGAUCAGGAAUUCUGGACUCGACUGGAAGCACCAUUACCAUGACAAAGCAAAUUCAAUAUUUCUCUACGAUACGAUCGAAUAUUGUGGCACAAAUUGCUUCUGAGCCUACGUAUCGUUUGCUGUCUAAAUCUAUCUUCCUUAUCAGCAGCGGUGGCAAUGACAUAUUUGCCUAUUUUACGAAAAACAGCUCUCCGAAUGCUACCGAGAAAGUUCGAUUUAUUGGUGCUCUUGUCUCGGAGUAUGAGAACCAUCUAAAGGCAUUGUAUGUUCUCGGAGCAAGGAAAUUUGGGAUAGUUGAUGUCCCACCGAUCGGAUGCUGCCCAUAUCCAAGAAGCCUAAAUCCUACAGGUGACUGCCUGGACAUCUUGAAUGAAAUGUCUGUGGGGUUCAACGAAGCUGUGAAGUUGCUGAUGCACAGACUUAGCUCAACAUUGAAAGGGAUGAAGUACUCUGUUGGAAGUUCUUAUGCGGUGGUGUCUGGCAUAAUAAGAAACCCUGCAGCACUUGGUUACAAGGAGAUCAAAACUGCAUGCUGUGGAGCCGGAAAAUUUAAUGGCGAAUCAGGAUGCACCCCAAAUGCUACCUACUGCUCCGAACGCCAUCGUUACCUGUUCUGGGACCUCUUGCAUCCAACACAUGCAACAUCCAAGCUUGCAGGAGUGGCCAUCUACUAUGGAUCUCAACGAUUUGCCAGUCCAAUCAAUUUUAGGCAGUUGGUGGUGGAUGUGAAUUAAGAAUCACCUCUGUGAAUUAAACUAGCUGCAAAUGUGAGAUCCUGCAAAGCACAUUAUAUAGCUUUACAAGUUCCAAAAAGAACACUGUGAGACCUUGUUUAAGUUUGUGAUGCAAACAGGGAUUCCAUGAUCUGAUGUAUAGCCAGCUUAAGUAGCUUUGUAUGGACAAUGUGCUGCCAAAUUAUAGAUGAUGUUAUAUUUGAGUUGGAAGGUUGUGAACUAUACUGAAAUGAGACAUGCAGUUGCUUUCA